UGAGCUGUUUUUUUAUAUUUUCUAAAUAGUCCCCUAAAUUAACAUAUAUAUGAGUUUGUUUCUCAAUAUCUCCUAUAGUUCAUUUUCAAACUCUCUCUCUCCCCCCCUCUCUCUCUCUUCUCUCUCUCACACACAAACACACACAUUAUGAAGACUGUGGUUCACGACGUACCGCCGUACUUAAGAGUGUACGAAGACGGAACCGUGGAGAGAUUCAUAGGCACAGAAACAACACCGGCAGCUCUCGACCCUCACACCGGAGUUUCCUCUAAAGACGUUCUUUUCCUGCCGGAAUCCGGUGUCUCCGCCCGCCUCUACCGCCCCAUUAAUCCCGCCGCCGCCGGCAGCCACAAGAAACUGCCAUUAGUCGUAUACUUCCACGGCGGAGCAUUCUGCAUAUCAUCCUCCGCCGACCCCAAAUACCACGACAUGCUCAACAUCCUCGUAAACGAAGCCCAGAUCCUCCUCGUCUCCGUCGACUACAGAAUCGCCCCGGAAAACCCGCUUCCGGCAGCCUACGAAGAUUCCUGGGCCGCCCUAAAAUGGGCGGCGUCUCACCUCUCGCCGGAGGAAACUGAAACCGGCGGCGAUAUUUGGCUGAGGGAGUCCGCCGAUUUUGAUAGAGUGUUCCUGGCAGGGGACAGCGCCGGUGCGAAUAUCUCGCACCAUUUAGCAAUCCGGGCCGGGUCGGAAACCCACGGGCCGGAGUUGGGGGAUAAAUUCAAGAUCGCCGGCGUUUUGAUGGUCCAGCCGUAUUUCUGGGGGGAAGAAGCGAUCGGGGUGGAGGCCGAGAAUCCGGUUUUCAAAAGUGUGGUGGACAAGUGGUGGCGAUUCGUUUGCCCGUCGGAUCGGGGGUGCGACGACCCGUGGAUCAACCCGUUUGGUGACGGAGCUCCGGGUGUUGACGGGUUGGCGUGCGGGCGGGUUCUGGUUUGUGUUGCCGGGAACGAUGUGUUGAGGGAGAGAGGGAAAUUGUAUUACCAGUGUUUGGUGGAGGGGAAGAAGAAGAUGAAAGCAGAGCUUUUUCAGACAGAAGGCGAGGACCAUGUUUUUCAUAUCUUGGAUCCAACGGCUCAGAAUUCCAAGAUUCUAAUCAAGCGCUGCGCACAGUUCAUCAACGGUCAAUAAAUAUAAUAUAUCGAAAAUGAUUUUUUUUUUUCUUUUUUCUUUUUUCUUUUUUUUGUAUUUGGAAUUAAUAUUCUAUAAUUGUCAAGAAAAAAUUCGAAAAAAAAAUAAAGGCUGGAUCUUGUAAUAAGUAUGAUUGAUUUUGAUAGUAUAUAUUAUUAAUCAAGAUUAACUUUUUUCUAAUAAUGAUGACAACGAUAGAUUAGCUUAUAUAUAUGCAAUAAAUUAAAUGGUAAUUUUAACGCCUCGCAUAGUUCCGAGGUGAUGUCAAAUUACGAAAAAAAUCUUAAUAUUUGGAUAAUUACAAUCACCAACUAUCAAGCAUGAAUCUUCUUACACGUCUAUCCUUGUAAUGUUAAAUUUAGUUGAAUCUUUUAGAUCAUAAUAUAGAAUAUUCUCUAACUUGUACCCGUUUUAGUCCAUUCGAGCUCUACAUUAUGAAACAAGAUGAUCAAAAGAUGUGUUUCUUGAUUUGUAAAUAUCAGAUUAUCGUGCUUCAAAAACUGUAUCUUUGCACAAAACGAGUACGGAUUAGAGAAUAUUCCCCGAAAUUUACAAGAUUAGACAACAUAUAUAAGGGUCAACGUGUAA